AGCCGGCGGCCGCGGCCAGGAAAGAGGAAGACAAAGUUGUCUGGCUUCCACGCUGCGGGCUGCGCGGCCGGGGAGCGGACAGAGACGCGCAGCUGGAGCCUGGGUUGCAUGAUGGAAUUUGAAUGUUUUCCCAAGAAACUUUAUGUUUUGGAUCAGUAUUAUUGAAUUUGUAUAAUAUUGGAAACUACUUCAGACUCUUUUUGGUGGUGUCCAUUUGAGACAUUUAAUCCAAAGAGGCUGUACCAUGGACUGCAAAGAGAGCUGCCCAAGUGUUAGCAUCCCAAGCUCUGAUGAACACAGGGAGAAAAAAAAGAGGUUCACUGUUUAUAAAGUAUUAGUUUCAGUUGGAAGGAAUGAAUGGUUUGUCUUCAGGAGAUAUGCUGAAUUUGAUAAGCUUUAUAACACACUAAAGAAACAAUUUCCAACUAUGACAAUGAAGAUUCCUGCCAAAAGAAUAUUUGGUGAUAAUUUUGAUCCAGAUUUUAUUAAACAGAGAAGAGCAGGACUGAAUGAAUUCAUUCAGAAUUUAGUUAGACAUCCAGAGCUAUGCAACCAUCCAGAUGUCAGAGCAUUUCUUCAAAUGGACAGUCCACGACAUCAGUCAGAUCCUUCUGAAGAUGAGGAUGAAAGAAGUAUUCAGAAGCUACACUCUACCUCACAGAACAUCAACCUGGGACCAUCUGGAAAUCCUCAUGCCAAACCAACAGAUUUUGAUUUCCUAAAAGUUAUUGGAAAAGGCAGUUUUGGCAAGGUUCUUCUUGCAAAAAGGAAACUAGAUGGAAAAUUUUAUGCUGUCAAAGUGUUGCAGAAAAAAAUUGUUCUGAAGAGGAAAGAGCAAAAACAUAUUAUGGCUGAACGUAACGUGCUCUUGAAAAAUGUGAAGCAUCCAUUUUUGGUUGGAUUACAUUAUUCAUUCCAGACAACUGAAAAGCUUUAUUUUGUUCUGGAUUUUGUUAAUGGAGGGGAACUUUUCUUUCACUUACAAAGAGAACGAUCCUUUCCAGAACACAGAGCCAGAUUUUAUGCUGCAGAAAUUGCCAGUGCUUUGGGCUACUUACAUUCUAUAAAAAUAGUAUACAGGGACUUGAAACCAGAAAACAUUCUUUUGGAUUCAAUAGUAAGUAUGUACCUUGCACCAGAAGUGAUCAGAAAACAGCCCUAUGACAAUACUGUAGAUUGGUGGUGCCUUGGUGCCGUUCUGUAUGAAAUGCUGUAUGGGUUGCCUCCAUUUUAUUGUCGAGAUGUUGCCGAGAUGUAUGAAAACAUACUCCAUAAACCCCUAAAUUUGAGGCCAGGAGUGAGCCUCACAGCCUGGUCCAUCCUGGAAGAACUUCUUGAAAAAGACAGGCAAAAUCGACUCGGUGCCAAAGAAGACUUUCUUGAAAUUCAAAAUCAUCCUUUCUUUGAAUCACUCAACUGGAAUGACCUUGUACAAAAAAAGAUUCCACCACCUUUUAAUCCUAAUGUGGUUGGACCAGAUGACAUCAGGAACUUUGAUGCAGCCUUUACAGAAGAAAUGGUUCCAUAUUCUGUUUGUAUAUCUUCUGACUAUUCCAUAGUGAAUGCCAGUGUUUUGGAGGCAGAUGAUGCAUUUGUUGGUUUCUCUUAUGCACCUCCUUCUGAAGAUUUGUUUUUAUAAGAGACAACAUUCAGAAAACACCAAGGAAGUAAAAACCCGAAGGAUCAAAGUGAAGUUUUUCUAUAUGGGAAAGUAUUCCAAAAUGUGUCUUAACUAGUGCCUCAUUUUUAUAUGUAAAGUUGGAAUCUUUGAAAACUUUUUUUCUGCUGUACAUGAAAAAAAAAUAGGGCAUUUCAGAAAGUUGAGUUUAAACUUUGUUACUCCUGCUUAUUGAGAUUAUUUUUAAAGAAAUACUUUACAAGCUACUCUUUACAUUGACCCGUUUUUAAGCAAAAAAUGUUUGCUGUUUACUGUUGUUUUUCCUUAUAGGUUUACAUUAGUAUCUAUCCAGGAUUAGCUGUUUUCAACACCUCCAACAGCUCAGUAUAUUGCUUUUGAAUUCAGUCCAUCAUCCCCAUAGUGAUUUUUAGUGUUAUGUCAUAACUAUGCAAUUAUCUUUUGUAUUUGUUGUUGUUGGAAAAGAAAUAACAUAUUGCAAUGUUAAAUCACUGUUUGAAAUUUGACAUACUUGACAGUAUUAAAAUGAAAGUGCAGAGUUAACAAAACAUGUUGACUUACAGUUUUGAUGUCCUUUCAUUCUACAGAUCUUUAAAGAUUAAAAAACACAGAAAAUACCUUGUCUUUAAUACAUUGGAGUUCAAAUUAGCAUCUGAUUUUUUUUCCAUGCAAGAAACAGAAAAUAAACUGCUUGCAUUUCUUUAGCGUUCCAAAGAUUUAAAGGACAGUCAAGUAUUGUGGAUUUUGUGCAUGUAUUACUGAAACAUUCAUUUUUCUGUGCACUGUAUCAUGCAUUUAAAAUUUGUAUGUUCUCUGUUUUCAGGUUGUUUUUUGUCUUCAGCAUCUUUAGUACGGUAUGCAUUAAUUCUGAAUGUUAGCAUUUGCUUUGAAAAUAUGUAAAUAACUUUUUUCAAAGCCAUUGUAUUAAUUAGGAGUUACAUACAAGUAUUAAGUUUGUUAGAAUACUCAUAUAAUUAGAAAUUUCAAAAAUUGUCUCAAAUAUGCAGACUUUCUCUGUAGUUUGCUGGAUUGAUUACAAAAGCAUUUUGAGUAAAAUAAUCAUAUGUAACUUAACAAUUAUGAAAAACACAUGCUAAUUUGGCCUUCGUUUAAUCUCCAUCCCCUAGCAUGCUGGCUUUCACUUAUAAUUCCAGCACAAACUGACUACAAAUCCAGAAGAACUAGAAAAUACUGCUUAGAAGCUUGGAAUCCUAAUUAUCUGUUGGGGAGAACUUUUUUUUUAAUAUCUUGCAAACAGUUCUUCAAAGUAUAUGAGAAACAUAAUUUAUGAAAGGGCUGACUUAGCAUAACAGUUCAGAUUCUUUGAACAUUUUUUCAAAAUUUUUUUUUUGAAACAGUAAUCAAAAAUACUUAACAUUUGUUAAAAAGAUGCUCUGCAGAAUGAAAAGGAGAAAAAAGUUUCAUUCAAAGUAAUGGUAUCUUAAAACUAAUUGCUUUCAAACACUGUAUCUUCCUGUAGAAGUAAUAAUUUAGUAACUACACUGUCUGUAAAUAUUUGUUUUGUCUGGCACUACUGUAAAUUCUGCUUUUACACAGAAGCUUUUUGUUUAUCGUAGAUCAAAAUGAAAACUGCAACGUCUUGCAGAAUUUGUUUUGAUUUGGCCACUCUUUGAAAACUAAACUGCCCAAAAUGAAAGUGCAAUAUUAUGUAUUUUUAAGAGAAGGCAAUAAAAGGUAGAAUUCUAAUGUUUUUCA